AAAAGAAGAUCUUUUAAGUUUGAAGGUUUUAAGCUUAUAUUAAAAGAAUAUUUGCAUUAUAAAUAUAUUGUAUUGUUUUCUUCUUUCUUAACUACCAAAUUUAAUUUCACUGGCGCAUUGAUAAAACGGUGUAAUGUUUUAUUCUAACUAAUUAGAACUUUUAUCAACUAUUGUAAUUAAAUAAACUAAACAUGACUCAAAGGUGAAUUGGCAAAAAAUAAUCUAUCUAUAUGAUUGGCGCCUGACCUGUAAUUGUUGAGAGACAGAAUUGUUGAAGAAAUAUAUUCUUUGAAUAAGAUGGGAAUUGAGCAAGAAAUAUGUAUAUGACAUUUAAUUUUGAAGAUGGCGGUUAUCUAAAUUUAUCAAAUUCAAGAUCUCAAAGGACUGUAAAUAUUUUAAUCCUAUUUAAUACUUACCAAUACUUAAUAAUCCCUUUAGAGCAUUCUCUAAGCUUGUUUAAUCCAAUUCGAUUUCUUUAAAAAAAACUCAGUUAAGGUAUUUGUUUCAAAGAAGAAACAUGACAGUGUCCUACGAAAUCCUCGUAAUUUUAAGGCAUUACUGGAAAAAAAAUUUCACAGCCGCUGAAGCAACUCGUGAAAUUAUUAAAUAUGAAGGAGAAGGUGUUCUUGAUCAGCGCACUGCGCGGCGUUGGUUUGAAAAAUUUACCAGUGGAGAUACGACGUUGGAAAGGAAGAAGGGCUCCGGACGACCACUAAUGGAUAUUGAUAAAGCUCUGCAGGAAGCUAUUAAAUCAAAUCCGUCCACAACUACUCGUGAACUUGCCAGGGAGUGCGGUGUGUCGAAAGAUACUGUUAAUCGCCAUUUACUCUCCAUGGAGAAGGUGAAAAAUAUCAGUGGAAUGGUUCCUCACGAACUCACUCCUCAGCAAUCAACUAAGAGAAUGCCAGGUACAAGAUGCGCAGUUGCAACCUGCAAUAACAAUCUAUUCGAUGCAAAGAGAAUUGGAAAAAAAAUAUCAUUUCAUUGUUUUCCUAAAGACGACCGUAGAAAAGAUUGGGCAGUACAAUGCAAACGUGCUGAUAAGUAUUUUAAUCCAGCGACUUCUUGCAUAUGCUCUGAGCACUUCUCAGAUAGUGAUUUUGAAAGAGACUUCCAAGCAGAAUUACUCGGCCUUCAGCGCAAAAGGAAACUUAAAAAAACAGCAAUUCCAACUCUUAAUUUGGACAAUAAAAAAGAAAAUCUCUUUCAAAUUUCAAAAUAUGGACGCCAGAAAAAAAGAGAGCUGAAAUUUAUUGUCAAAAAUGUAUCAGUACAAACAGAAUCGAAUGUAUCAAAUGAUCCUGAUGAUGCCACUUACUGUGAUGAAGAAGAGAAUUAUGAAUCUUCUUUAAGUACAGGCGUCUAUAUUAAGGUUGAACCAGGUUUAAUUGACGAUGUGUAUCAAGAUGAUGUAUCAAAUUAUGAGACAAAGGAUUUCUUGGCUGGAUGCAUUAAAAUAAAACAGGAAGCAGACCCAGAUUCUAUGAACGAGGAAGAACAUGUUAAUUCCUUGAUAGAUAUUGAUAACACAACUUUCAUCAAGAAAGAAAAAGAUGAGAGUUAUCUGGAUUUUCCUCAUGGAGGCGUAAAAAUUAAGAUAGAACCAAAUCUUGGUGAAGAUGAUGCAUGA